GAUAUGUACACGAUUGGUGCAGCUCUUGCAAGUGGGUUUAAUGUGUCCCUGGUCAGGUGUCCAAGUGUAAGUACCUGUCCGGGUGGAGGGUUAUUGGCCCGCUUCACUCGGACGUUGCUCUGCCUCCCGGAGGACCGUGGAGCCUGGCUAUCGCCCGGAGACUCCCCCGAGCUCCUCUUCUUGGCUCGCCGGCCGCUGGAACCGAUCCCCGGGUAAUCUAUUGGAAAGCAACGCGGUGACAUGUCAACGUCACAGGACAACAAAGCAACGGUUGCUCCAUUCGGGCCCGUUUGUCGCGGUGCCAACCAAAAGGCAGCGAACAAUCACAACAGGGAGCUCUUUAGAUCCCCCAUGUCGGGUCAGCGUGCUACGUUUAGCAUGUAGCUAGCACCAUCGGCAGAUACAUUCGUGCUCACUGACCUGCGUCCGACAGCAUGUUGGGAUUUCCUUUCAGCUCUGGAAAUAAGUGUGUGUUUUUUUGACUUUGUAACCAGACAAGGAUUUUUUCCAGCCGCCGUCCUUUUAUUGUUGAGAGGGAAUAAAGGCGUUGUUGUCGUUAGAACACCACUACCGGUUUUAAGAGGAAAUGGGCGGAUCCUCGAGAACGUACCUUGUUUGGCUCCCCCCACUUGCCGUAGCUAAGCCGGCUCACCAUAGCAACUGCAAAUAAACUCACUAUAGCAACUGUCAAUUCAACUUAAGGGCUCGUGUCACCUUUCGGGAACUCUGGCAAUCUGGAGUCAAACGGAAUGACGUCAUAUGUUAUCGUUUCCAAAGAGCAAUCGCGUGUUCCGUCAUGGACCUAAAAUGACGGAUUCGCGUGGAGGUUUUCACACAAGCUAAUGUUACGCAACACCAGUCUCGGGCGUCUGAACCACAAAGAGCUGACAAAUUAUGAAAUAUUUUCAAAUAAUUUCACAUAAGCUAACAUAAGUCAACAUGCCAGCGCCUAUUGGAAGCAUCAUUUAGCUGUUUUGUGUCGGGUCGCCUUGUCCAAUUGCUUUGUCGGGAGCACCGGAUGUUCCGAUUUCCAAGGGAACGGGAACGCACCGUCAGCCGACGGCCAGCGUUUUGACAGAGAGGAGGGAGAUGUUAUGGUCAGGUGACGGUUGCAUUCGGUUCGCGGUCGUUUGCUGACAUUUUGGGGGGUGCUUUGUUAGCCAAUGAGUCGUUGAUUGUGGCUUCGUGUAAAAAUCGUCUGGAGUCGAAUGUUCACACAUGGAUUCAUGUGAAGUUCUGGCCAGGAGGAAAGUGGACGUCGCUGUUGUCCGGCCGAGGGUUUCGGACCACGUUGAGCAGGUCUGUUCUAAAACUCUGGACCUCAACAGGGUGAUCCGUCUCCUUGAGGACCCCCUGACGACAAACAUGCAGGAGAGGCACGUGUUUGUGUUGAAGAAGGUCCUCAGGAGAAGGCAGCGUGGAUUUCUGCUGAGGGAGCUGGCAAGCAUCUCAAGAAUCCUGGAGGCCUGUGCAGAGAAGGCGAAGGACCACGAUGAAUAUUCUGUCGUUUUGUGUGAGGCGCUUCAGAUUUGCAGGCUUCCCUUCCUGAAGGAAAGGUUGUCUGACGAGCUGAUCUACGCUCAGGAUGUCAAGCAGUUCCUGUCCCACAUGGGAUAUCUGAUGAGGGUGCCGGACGACCAGGUCAGGCAUCAGGUUGUGGAAUCGGUCAAGUCCUUCUACAUCUGCUGCAUGGCUCCCGGCAAACACACGCACCACGGUACGGUCCGGCCCCCCAAGCCAAAGUGUCGGACCCUCAACUCCUACAACAGACUUUUACUAAGGCCUCGGCCAACAUCUCCAGGCUACCGGCUGCAGCUGCUGGAGCGCAGCGACCUGGCCCGGACGCUCUUCCUCUCCAUGGCGGCGCUGGAGGAGCAGCCCGCCAUCAAGCUGCUGCUCCUGCAGACACUUCAGAUCCUCUCCAGCUCAUCUGAUAUGAACUGUGCUUUAAUGCUGAGCGCACGAGGAGCCGAGACCAUCUGCCUUCACAUGAACCAACACGACCCGUCCGGACGGAUCCUCUUCCACUCCUCCGAAAUCCUCUGGAACCUCCUGGAGAGAGGAAGCAAGGCGGAGGUGGCUGCCCAGCUCAGCAGCGUGGAAUGUGCCAUAUCUCUAAAAGAAGCUUUCUUUGACAUCCUGCUCAAAGGUUUCCGACACGCCGACAUCCAGGUCAGGAACGAUCUUCUGGUGCUGACGACUCUCUUUGCUGAGAACUCCAGCUCCCUGCUGGUUGAGAGCCUCUUCGCCAAGCAGCUCAUCGCCAUCAGCACAUUUCCUGAGCUGAAGAGCUCCAACCCUUGGGCGGGCAAGCUGAGGCUGAGCUGCAGCACAGAGGACCUGCAGAUGAAGAAGCUGCUGUUGAAUCUGCUGCUUUUGAUGGCCAAGGACUCAGCAGCCAUCCAGAUUUUCAAGGAGGAGCAGGUGAUGCUGGCUCUGCUCACGCUCAUCAAGCCGCCCCCUUCCGCCGCCGCCACCGCCGCCGGGCCCUCUGAGGUCCCGCCGAGGUCCCGUCACUGGUCCUGCGUCCAGCAGGAGGAGCUCCAGCUGCAUGCGCUGGCCGUCCUGGCCACGCUGGCACCGCUCCUGCUGGACCACUACAUGUCCUGUUAUGGCAACGUGGUCCUGCUGCAUCUGCUGGACUGGUGCAGCAGCCAAGAUGCUUUCUUUGGACACGGACACAGCUUCCACGCCGCUGGAGGGCGAGGCGGUAAGAAGGCUCACAUGCGCUACUGCAUCAGGCUGAUGAGGUCCGUCACCUCGCUGGCUGACAAGACCCUCAACCAGGACCUUUGUGACCAGGGAACCAUCCACCUACUCUUAGGGCUUCUGAUGCAGAUGGAGGCGAGCCGUGGCGAGGAGGAUGCGGUUACCGUGGAGAUGAAGUCAGACAUGCAGCUCAUCAUCUCUGCUCUGUGUGAGGGCGAGGUGCACAGAAAGGAGCUGUUUGGCUGCGAGGGCGUGGAGAUGGUGCUUCACUUCCUGAGGAGAGGCUCGGCCAUGUUCUACAGCGGUCUGGGUCACAAUAAGCUCCUCCUCUCCACGCUGGUGUGCAUGCGCUUCUGCAUUGUGGGCUGCGACACCACCGAGGAUGACUUUUUGAGUCGAGAAGGUGCACAGGUUCUUCUGGACCUGCUCAGUUCCAGUCCCAAGUGCGUGCACGCCGUCAUCCUCGCCGCCCUGCUGGAGUUGUGUGACAACCCCGACACCGUCCCUCACGUCCUGGCCUGGAGGCACGGCCACAGCGGGCGCACGGCUGCCAGCCUCCUGCUGCAUGUGUGGAGGCGGGAGGAGGCGGAGCUAGGAGUCAGCCGGAACCCGCACGGCGGCAUCCAGGAUGCCAAGCAGUCCAUCUUGGGUCAUCGGCAGCUGGAGGACGCGGAGCUGACCUCCACCCCGAACGCGCCCAGUGCUGCCGUGCUGGAGGUCCAGGAGAACCUUCUGGCCAAGAUCUACUUAAUCUUCUGCAAGAUGGGUCUCCAGGAUCUUCCAGGCUUGUCGGUGGAAGACCAGGUGACCUUGUGCAUCGUGAGCAGAUACCUGGACUUCAAGGUGGGCGAGGUUUGGGACGAGAUCGGCCGGGAGUUGAGCCUGGAGGGAGUGAGGCCCGUCACGCCCGACCAGGAGACCCUCCACGUGGCCCGCCAGGCGGCGCGACGUACGGCGGAGGCGGCAGUCGCCGAGCAGGAAGAGAGUCUGCGGCGGGAAGCCGUGACCGCCAGCAGAGAGGAGGCGCUGGCGUAUGAGGAGAUGAAAUCUCACUGGAAGCAACGGCAGCUCACAGCCAAGUCCUGGAGCCACUUUGUCUGCAGGACUUCCAACUACGACACGCUGAAGGAGAUGAAAGCACAGAGACACAAAUACGCCGAGAUGAUCCGAGCUCACAACCAGGAUGUGGCACCUCGUCCUGAAGAGCUUUUCAUCAGCCAACUGAUGGUGAGCGAGGACAGUGACGCUCCGGGCCCCGCCCGCAUCAAAAUGGCCAAAAUUCCCGUGAUGGCAGCGGCGCACGAAGAAGCGCUAGUCUACGAAUGUGAGCGUCGGCCAUUGCGCAACAAGGUUCCCGUGAAAGACUGACGUGGCCCCCCCAGUAGAGGAAUGACAGUGCUACGGUGGAAGGUUUGAGGACUGCUAGAAAAGGGAAAUUGCAAGGCUGGAGGUAUGAGAUAAAAAAAUGGCCACCGUGCAAAGCAAGUCAAAUGCUGGUACCUGUAUGCUGUACACUUGGCCCGUUAUUUAGGAGCUCCGACUCCGGGUCAGUGACCUUUCUUUGCUGCAGGAGAAAAACAUGCAAAGCAUUUUCUCACCAUAAAUGGACUUUUUAUUGUUACAAAUAUAGCCUCAAUGUGGAAUAUAUACAUGAUGACCAUGGCUGGUAGAAUAUGACUUAUGGAAUAUGUACAGCAUAGUGUACGUUAGUCCAGAAAUAUUGGAUUAGAACUAAUCCCCCAAGCGCGGAUGUCACCCAGGCGACCCGGCAAAGGUCCAAUGGAGGGGACUUUGGUUUGCCAUCAGUUCUAAAGGUUGUGGUGCGGAGUCUCCUUCUGCAGCAUCAGGAGCAACUGGGGGUCCAGUAUCUUGCCCAAGCAUGCCUCCACAUGAUCACAGGAUGAGGGAGGAUGGAACCCGCAACCUUCAGGUUGCCUCCCCAUUGUUACGUUGACGUCAGCAUGGCGUCAUGGAAAAGAACCCGAGGUACCCAGACCCGUUGGCAGUCCAGAUGACUGCGUGGUGCCGCAGUGAGGACGCUUCAUGCACGGUGCUGGCUGACACCAGUCCCCUGUGGCUCCUCCAUGGGGCUUUGCAGGCGGGAAUGGUCAUCGCCAUGGCUUGCUUUCAUCUCCAAGGUGGCUCCUUUUAUGUCUUACUAGCAAUCAUAACCCAACGCUAACUUGAUACUUCACUUCUAUGAUAUGGCGGGUUCAGGGACGGCAGGAAGCUAUCGAUAACCUCAGACAGGAUCCAUGAAGGCAGCCAGCUUUUAUUUAUUAGACCAUUUAUUAGUCAAACUCAGGCCCGGGGGCCAGAUCUGGGCCGUGCUGCACUUUCACCGGACCCGUGGAAGUGUUUGCAAAAUAGCAUUGGGUUGGCCCGCCUCACCAACCUUAUGUAAAGCGCUUACAGCGAUCUGCGUAAUGAAGCGAUUCCCCCGGUAAAUACGAAGGAAUUUUAUUUUGGAAGUGGAAGUAUUGGAUGUAGCACAGAAUUCACAACAAGUCUUUAAAGGGUGUCAGAUUCUGACCAAAAAUCCAAAUCAUUGAACGGUACAUGACUAAAAAGAGAGAAUUUUAACCAUUACACCCUGUCUGUACAAAAAACACCUUAAAGAGGUCUUAAAGUCGGCUUUGAGUCUGACAUCCCUCUAUUAGACCAUGAGGCCAUGCGGUUCCACCGGCGGCCAGCAGAGGCUGUUAAAGAGGCUUCUCAGCAGCACGACUUGAAGCACGGCAAUCUAGAAGAUCAGGGUCAAAAAAUGGACAAAGAAGCUUUUUGAGGAUUGAAAGGUAAAUGCUAUUUAAAGCGGCUAUGAAAUUCUCAGAGAUGAAUAACGUACCUAGAUGUAGAGCAGGGAUGGGCAACUUCUGGGAGACUUGCUUCCCCUGCUGGUGGGAUUGGAAAUGAAUCCAAGGCCACCAGUUAGCCAUGUCUGAUGUGAUGCUGGUCUUCUACGUGUCCCAUCCAUCCCUUCCUGUCUGCAGAGGCAGGCGUCUGAGGAAGUAGCCAGAAUGACGGGCGUGUUGGCGGGCUGCAGUGUCUGCACUUCUCCUACUGUAGCUGUCCUCGGACUCAGGAGAACUCCAGUCGUUGGUUGUCUUACAUGUUGUAUGUAGUGUUGGAUUCCGCUUGCUAUUGUUGUCCACCUUCCAUGGUGACUUUUAUCUCUGCCUUCUUUGUGUGUCAACCUUUGACGUUCUCUUCUGCGUGGCCCAAAUUCUCCUCCUCUUGGCUUUGGACACCCCUGCUUUGCAUGCUGGAGUAUUAGCAUGGGUAUUAGCCAGGAAUGUAGCUGCACACAGGAUGAGAUGUGCUGGAAGUAACAGACAGAAUGCACGUCAGCAUUCAUGGAAGCAUUCAUUUAGCGCCACGCUAGGACUUGGAGCGGAGUUGUGGCGUUAGGGUCUGUUCGGGACCACCGAUACAGCAUCACUCCGAAGUUUGGGGACACCUUUUCAUGCAGGAGGUGUCCCGAAACCUUUGACUGUGGUUGUUUAGCUAAAGGAGAGCGGCUGACAGAUGGAUGACUAUU